AUGGCCGACGAACCCCUUCCACCCCGCGACCCCAAGACCCUUCUCUCCUCCAUCCUCAGCCUAACCGAAACCCGCAUCGUGCCAUUGACCCGGCGCGGCGUGUCUUCAGGGAGCAAGCUGUUCGGCGCCGCCAUCCUGUCCUCCCAAACCCUCGAGCCCUUCACGGUCGCGACCAACGACGAGCGCACGUCACCCCUGCUACACGGCGAGAUCAACUGCAUCCAGCAGUUCUUCACGACGACCUACCCGGACCCGUCCACGCGCCCCUCGCCGAGGACGGACUGCGUCUUCUUCGCGACUCACGAGCCCUGCUCCCUCUGCCUCAGCGGCAUCGCCUGGUCCGGCUUCCGGGAGGUGUACUACCUCUUCACCUACGAGGACAGCCGCGACCUGUUUGCGAUCCCGCACGACAUCAACAUCUUGGAGCAAGUCUUUCGCGUACGAGCAGAAGGCGAGGGCGACGAGGCCUUGGGGAAAAGAGAGCUGUAUAACCGCACCAACAAGUUCUUCACCGCGCGGAGUCUACGGGACCUCGUGGACGAACUGCCGGAGGGCGAAAGGGCGCACUGGAGGGGCGAGAUGGAGCGUGUCAAGGGGCUGUACAACGCGCUUAGCGACACGUACCAGGAAGGCAAGAAGGCCGGCGCGGAGAGCUCGAGUAUGUGGAAGUAG